AUGCCCCAGCUGCUGGAGCAAUGGAGAUUGAAAAGCGCGGACGGAAUAUCAAUCGAGUUCUUGACAUUAUGGUUCUUGGGUGAUAUCGCGAACCUAGCUGGUUCUGUGUGGGCGGGUUUGUUGCCCGAGGUGAUUCUACUGGCAGUUUGGUUCUGUUUUACCGACGGAAUGGUGAUAGUGUCCUACGUGUACUAUACUUGGAUUUAUCCCAAGAAUAUAAAGGCCCGUUCAUCGACUGCUUCAGGGGAGAACGAAGCUUUGCUUCCUGGCGAAUCCACCAAUGGCAGAAGACCAUCGCACAAAUCCCACAGGUCUCAUCGGUCCAGACGGAGCUCGAUAGUGAGCGUGAUCAUGGAACCAAGCAAGCAGACUGUUUUCGUCAAAUUCGUUUUGCCACUACUGUUCGUGACAGGAGCAGGAUUUAUGGGCUAUUUACUAUCAAGUCCAGAUUCUGAUCCUGUUGAUGAAAUUCCAGACGUCGAGUUGAGACUCGGACCCCAGGUAUUGGGCUAUAUCUCUGCCUUUUUGUAUCUAACGGCUAGACUGCCCCAGAUCUACCAGAACUGGUCCAAAAAGUCAUGCAAGGGACUCAGCAUUCUUUUCUUCAUAUUCUCCACUUUUGGGAACGUGACAUAUGCUCUUCAGAUUUUGUUUUACCGUUCUGACUCCAAGUACAUCCUCAUCAACCUCUCGUGGCUCUUGGGUUCGCUUGGAACCAUUUUUGAGGAUGCCUUUAUUUUUGUGCAAUUCUACAUGUACAAGGACUCUGAAUCGGAUGAAGCCAUUGAAGAUGAGGCCUAA